UGUCCCGGUGCUCAUAUGAUGUUGGCUUUCUUUCGAUGAAAUUAAAAAAAGACACUUUUCAGGUUCCUAGUUCAGACGUUAAUCACACGCGAUGACUUUGUUUUCUGGCUACAAAACAGGCUUACAACCACAAAAUAAAAAUAUUAUGCUCCUUUCAACACUUUUUCCUAUGCUUGAAAACUGAUUAUUGAUUGUUAUUCUAUCACCCACACCCACCACCCCCAGAGAAGAGACGAUCGCUUUAAUUCCGCCCUUUCAUCGCUUUUCACGCCCCAAGAAUCCAACUUUCCUCCAUUCCAUUUCUAAAAUCCGGACCAUCUGAUUUGGGUUCUCUCUCUCUCCCUCUCUCUCUCUCUUCUGGGAAUCGAAUAAUUUCUGCCUUCUCUUUUCCCUCACUUGUAAAACUCUCUCAAGGUGAUGGAAUAGUGGGGCUGUUAUUUGAGUUCUUCGUGGAGGAAGGGUUUGGGGCUUUGUCUCUAAGUAAGAGAGAGGGUACUUGUUCACGGAGUCGGUGAAACUUUGUGAGCUUAGCAUCCUCUCUCAUUAUUCCGCUGUAUCUUAAUAUUUUUGUUGCCACGAAGUUGCUUUCUUGACGUGAAGGCUUGGCACUUUUGGGUUUGUUUAUGAGAUUGGAAGACUUGCAGAGGGUUUCAAGGGACAAAGGCUUACUGCGGCUGGUAUUAUGGGUUCUGUUUGCUGUUGUUUGCGAGAGGAUUGCGAAGAUUAUGUCACUCCAAACAGUUCAGUUUAUAGAAACUGUUUAUGCCUUCGUUGCUUUAUACAGAACUUCUCACAUGUGUAUACAUCGCUAUUUCGAAGAGGGGAAGAACACGCCAUUCCUUCAACUAUUCAGGGGACUGCUUCUUUGACUUCUACAGCAUCAUUUGACAACUCUCUUUCUGAUAUGUACCGAUCGCCUCCAAGGCCUUUACCUUAUGAUGCUGAUCCUCGAUAUGUCCGCUUACCAAGAGACGGACUGGUCUCGAGGCGGGAGAAGGGAUCAAGUCAUUCACAAGAGGAAACUGAACCACUAAGAAGUGAUACCAAUGUGGAUUCAGUACCUCUGAAUACUGGAGACAAGUGGAAUCAAUCUACAUGCGAAGAAGGAUCAAAGGAGUACCAAACCAAGUCUUCAUUCAAGCUCUCCGCAACUAAAGCAACAACUGGAUUUACGCCUAUUUAUUCUUCUUCAGAUGAUGAAGAUGUCUGCCCAACAUGCCUUGAAGAAUAUACUACAGAAAACCCCAAGAUAAUUACAAAAUGCUCACAUCAUUUCCAUCUGGGUUGCAUUUAUGAGUGGAUGGAGAGAAGUGAAAGCUGUCCAGUCUGUGGCAAGGUGAUGGUAUUCGAUGAGACGACAUGAUGACUCGUAAGGUCUAUGUCGUGGAAGAAACCAGUUACAACUUACCACAACAAAAGAACUGGCAACAACAAAAGCGAACGGGGAAUAGUUAACCGGAAGCCAAGGUGUAUAGUCCUUGUAAAUACCAGUGUGUCGAUAAAUUGCUUGUAUAGUGUUUUUUCAAAACGUAACUUUAUCAAUAUGUUUCUACCCUUUGGCUCACAUCCUUUUUCACUUUGCAUUUUCACGGCCAGUGGUGCAGUUCCGUUUGAUACGGUGAUGGUGAAAAACAUGUGAAGCCGGAAUAGAAUGGUCACUGUAUGUGAUUACCAGAAAAGGAAGAAUGGCCACUAUUUGUGCCCAUUUGGUGAA